AUGGGGGCCCAGCUCUGCUUCCAGGCUGACGCCAAGGCGCCGCGAGAGACACUCCGCUUCCACGCUGAGGCCAAGGGCGCGCAGGUGCUGCUGGACGCCCAGCAGUGCACUGCACACAGGCGCGCCACGUUCCACGACGGCAUCGUGUUCAGCCAGCGGCCGGUGGCGCCGGGCGAACGGGUGGCGCUGCGCGUGCUGUGGCACGAGAGCGGCUGGUGCGGCGGGCUCCGCGUGGGCUUCACGCGCCUGGACCCCGCGCGGCUGUCGGCGCCCAGCCUGCCGCCCUUCGUGUGCCCAGACCUGGAGCAGCAGAGCCCGACGUGGGCGGCCGUGCUGCCCGAGGAGGGCGUGCUGCCCGGGGACGUGGUCCGCUUCUGGGUGAACCGCGGCGGCCGGCUCUACGCCAGGGUCAACGCGGGCCCCCGGCUCCUGCUGCGCAAGGGCGUGCUCCUGGGCGCCCCGCUCUGGGCCGUGAUGGACUUGUACGGGACCACCAAGGCCAUCGAGCUGCUGGAUCCCACGGCCAGCGUCUUUCCCUCAACCAUGCCAUGGGCCUUCAGUGAUGAGACUCUGCAGCCUGAAGCUGCAGCAGGAGAGGAGUGUGCCAUCUGUUUCCACCGUGCUGCCAACACCUGCCUUGUCCCCUGCGGCCACACACACUUCUGCAGCUACUGCGCCAGGCGGGUCUUCAGGGACUUGGCCAAGUGUCCUGUAUGUCGGUGUAAGAUUGAGGCUGUGACCCCCGCGUGGGGCCCCCCUACUCUGAGGACUGGAGAGGGCCUUCCGGGUGCGGGUGGCAGACUGAGUCUAGCUCUGAGCCUGGCCUCUGCAGGGUGGAGAGGUGCAGCGCCCCACCACCCACAUUCUGGAGGAGUCAGAAAAGCUGGUCAGCGGCAGGCCUAGCAGGGCGAGGGAGGCGGGGAGGCAAUGGCUCCUCCCUCCUCCCCAACAGAUUGGGGCCAGUGGAGAAAGGAGGAGCCCCUCUAUCUCCCUGGUAGUUCAGCAGGGAGCCCUCUGCUUAGUCAGGUUCAUUUGUGCCCAGGGCUUGCCGAGGCUUUUGGCUGACCGCCUGGUGUGGUCACCGUAGACCUAGCAAUCCUGGUACCCAUAGGUCAUGUCAGGGAGAAGGGCCUUUAUUCAGAGACGGGGCAGCCUGUUCCCUGGUUUUAUAGUGGAGGAGCG